AAACAGUCUCCUCUAGACCAGUCCCCACGGUCCCAAUUUCAUCCAUUUCUUUCUUCACUCGACCCCUCUUUUAACCGCACCCGAAAAAACCGACAAGUCAAACUCCGCCGGGAAAAUGACCACUUACGGCGCCAUUCCCACCUCUUCCUCCUCCCCUGGCACCUCUUCCAAUCUCGACUACCUCUCCCGCGCCAAAGAACGCAUCAAAGCCGGCCUUGGCACCCGCCAUCCUUGGAAACUCAUGUUCGAUUUCCACGCCGUCAAGUUGCCGUCUAACUUCCAGGAAGCUCUCUUCAGAAUUAAAACGAACGUCUCUUUUUUUCGCAUGAAUUACGCCAUCAUCGUCUUAUUGAUAUUGUUCUUGAGUCUCUUGUGGCACCCCAUCUCGUUGAUUGUGUUCAUCAUCAUGAUGGCUGCGUGGUUGUUUCUCUACUUCUUGCGAGAUGAGCCGUUGGUGGUUUUCGGGCGCUUGAUCGACGACCGGGUGGUGCUGAUCGUCUUGUCGGUGCUCACUCUCGUCUUCUUGUUCUUGACCAACGCCGCGGAGAACAUAUUGGUGGCGCUGCUUAUUGGGGUGGUGUUUGUGGUGGCGCACGGGACGUUGAGGAAGACAGAUGAUUUGUUCUUGGAUAAAGAAGCUACUGGGUUGAUGAGCACGACGGCGGAGACUUGAGCUGGAUCUUCUUCUUUAUCGUUAUUCAUUGUUUUUGGGUUUUAAUUGACGUUGGUAACUAGAAUUUGAUUGUCAAUUUGAAAUUUUUGCUUCUGUUUGUGUUUGGUUUUGAAGAGAAAAAUGACCGCAAAAAUUAAUUGGUUUCUGGGAGUAGAUCAUGUUAAUUAUGGGUUCGAUCAACUGAAUUUCAUCUCAUCUCGAUGAAUUCUUGAAAAAUGAUAGUAAAAAGUGUUGUUUGAUUGAUUCCUCUUAAA